AUGAAGUUUCAAUCUAUCUACAAUCUAUAUACAUCAAUCUAUCUACAAUCUAUCUAUAUCUAUCUAUUCAUAUCUAUCUAUCUAUCUAUCUAUCUAUCUAUCUAUCUAUCUAUCUCAGUGUGUUCAGAUCUAUCUAUCUAUCUAUCUAACGCAGUCUGUUCAGAUCUAUCUAUCUAUCGCAAUCUGUUGAGAUCUAUCUAUCUAUCGCAAUCUGUUCAGUCUAUCUAUCUAUCUAUCUAUCUAUCUAUCUAUCUAACGCAGUCUGUUCAGAUCUAUCUAUCUAUCUAUCUAUCUAUCUAUCUCAAUCUGUUCAGAUCUAUCUAUCGCAUUCUGUUCAGAUCUAUGUAUCUAUCUAACGCAGUCUGUUCAGAUCUAUCUAUCGCAAUCUAUCUAUCUAUCUAUCUAUCUAUUUAUCUAUCUAUCUAUCUAACGCAGUCUGUUCAGAUCUAUCUAUCUAUAUAUCUAUCUCAGUUCAGAUCUAUCUAUCUCAGUUUGUUCAGAUCUAUCUAUCUAUCUAUAUAUCUAUCUAUCUAUCUAUCUAUCGGAAUCUGUUCAGAUCUAUCUAUCUAUCUAUCUAUCUAUCUAUCUAUCUAUCUAUCUAUCUAUCUAUCUAUCUCAAUCUGUUCAGAUCUAUCUAUCGCAUUCUGUUCAGAUCUAUGUAUCUAUCUAACGCAGUCUGUUCAGAUCUAUCUAUCGCAGUUAGCUCAUAUCUAUCUAUCUCAGUUUGUUCAGAUAUCUAUCUAUCUAUCUAUCUAUCUAUCUAUCUAUCUAUCUAACGCAGUCUGUUCAGAUCUAUCUAUCUAUAUAUCUAUCUCAGUUCAGAUCUAUCUAUCUCAGUUUGUUCAGAUCUAUCUAUCUAUCUAUCUAUCUAUCGGAAUCUGUUCAGAUCUAUCUAUCUAUCUAUCUAUCUAUCUAUCUAUCUAUCUCAGUCUGUUCAGAUCUAUCUAUCUCAAUCUAUUGAGAUCUAUCUAUCUAUCGGAAUCUGUUGAGAUCUAUCUAUCGCAAUCUGGAUCUAUCUAUCUAUCUAUCUAUCUAUCUAUCUAUCUAUCUAUCUAUCUAUCUAUCUAUCUAACGCAGUCUAUUCAGAUCUAUCUCAGUUCAGAUCUAUAUAUCGCAGUUAGCUUAGAUCUAUCUAUCUCAGUCUGUUCAGAUCUAUCUAUCUAUCUAUCUAUCUAUCUAUCGCAGUCUGUUCAGAUCUAUCUAUGCAUCUAUCUAUCAAACUCAAUCUGUUCAGAUCUAUCUAUCUAUCUAUCUGUCUAUCUAACGCAGUCUGUUCAGAUCUAUCUAUCUAUCUAUGUAUCUAACGCACUCAGAUCUAUCUAUCGCAGUCUGUUCCAAUCUAUCUAUCUAUCUAUCUAUCUAUCUAUCUAUCUAUCUAUUGCAGUCUGUUCAAAUCUAUCUAUCUAUCUAUCUAUCUUUCUAUCUAUCUAUCUAUCUAUCGCAGUCUGUUCCAGUCUAUCUGUUUUUUAUCUAUCCAUCUGA